ACUCUAUGAUCGCCCUCAGAUCACCUCAUAAUUUCUAUACGCCUAUCACCUAUAUACAUACCUCACCUUGAUCAUUCUCCACCAUCACUUCCACCACCACCACGCUGAUAUCCUGUGCUCUGCUGAACGCAACUCCAAGCUAACCCGCCCGACAUCCAGCACACUAUCACGGCCACCCAGCUCGUCGCCCGCAUACCACCAACAGCCCACUCGCCCCCCCCCCCCUUCUCCUCGACUGAGAUUGCCUGGAGAGAGCUCGACCGCCCGAUCGAUCCGCGACGAGGAGGAGGACGCCUUAUCUACCCGGCCUACCGGAGAACCAAAACAGGGAAGAGGAGGCACUGGGUCGCAGACCCAUGUUCGCCUCUCCCCCCGAGCCGUGCCGCGCCGCGAUAUGACGGUCGUCACCUGCCACGAUACCAGCCGUUGUCGCCAGCCAUGUUCUCCUCCUUAAAGGGCUUCUCCUCCAACAUCAACUCCCACUACACCGUGUCGCAGACCGUCACCUCCACCGCCGGCCCCUGGAAGAUAUACGAUGCCAAGAAGAAGUCCACCGGCAAGACCUACUCCGUCUUCGUCUUCGAGCGCAAGUCGCUGGAGUCGCAUGUGAGUUCUCUCGGUCGAUCUGGCGCCGCCGCCUUUAAGCGCACAAUCGAAGAGGUAACGGAACGCCUGAAGAAGGAAGCCUCGUCGCUCGCCCGAUUGCGUCACCCGAGCAUACUAGAACUGGUCGAGCCCGUCGAGGAAACAAGAGGGGGUCUCCAAUUCGUCACCGAAGCCGUGACGGCCUCGUUGGCGAGCCUCUUGCAGGAGAAGGAUGAGCAGGAGAGGGUCGGCGGCGUCGGCGGCCGCUCCAGUCGGUACGUCACCGAAGACUCGGACGGCGUCAGGCGCAGGCGCGAGAUAGAGAUCGACGAGCUCGAGAUCCAGAAGGGCCUGCUCCAGAUCAGCAAGGCCCUCGAGUUCCUCCACGAAAAUGCCGGCCUCGUCCACGCAAAUCUCACGCCGGAUGCCGUGCUCAUCAACUCCAAGUCCGAUUGGAAGGUCAGCGGCCUCGCGUUCUGUAGUCCGCCAGAGGGCUCGACCAAGGCCACCUCCGUCCCGCCCAUCAGCCUCUCCGAAGUUCUCAACCUGGAUCCUCGACUGCCUCGAUACGUGCAGAUCAACCUCGACUACACCUCCCCCGACUUCGUCCUCGACAACAACCUCACCACCUCGGCCGACAUGUUUUCGUUGGGGCUGCUAUGCGUCGCGUUGUACAACUCGCCUCACAAAUCCCCUAUAGAGAGCAGCGGGAGCAUAUCGGCCUACAAGAGGAUAUUCACCUCGUCCUCGACAGUGCCGUCCACCGGCAACGGGUUUCUGUCGAAGCGGCCGCUCCCGAGGGAUCUGUCGGCACACGUUCUGCCACGGCUCAUUACCAGGCGUCCCGCGCAGCGAAUGACGGCUCGAGAAUUCCAGGAGAGCGAGUUCUUCGACAACAUACUCGUGUCGACCAUCCGAUUCCUCGACGCCUUCCCCGCCAAGACAGCGAACGAGAAGGCCCAGUUCAUGCGAGGGCUCAACAAGGUCCUGCCGUCGUUCCCAAAGUCGGUGAUGGAGAAGAAGGUGCUCCCGGCGCUGCUGGAGGAGCUGAAGGACAAGGACCUCCUGUCGCUCAUCCUCCAGAACGUCUUCAAGAUCGUCGACCUGCUGCCGUCGUCGCGGCGCGCGUUCGGGGAAAAGGUGCGGCCGAGGCUGACGGAGAUCUUCGUCGCCAACGCGAAACAAGCACAAGAGAAAGACCCGGCUAGGGACGCGGGACUGAUGGUUGUGCUGGAAAAUGCCAGCCAGAUCGCCGAGAACACCUCGGGCAAGGAGUUCAAAGACGAUGUAUUGCCUAUCAUAUUGGCAGCUAUUGAGUCGCCGACGCCUUCGCUCGUCGACGCCGCUCUACGGAGUCUACCAGUCGUCUUGCCCGUUCUAGAUUUCAGUACCAUCAAGAACGAGCUCUUCCCCAUCAUCGCCACCGUAUUCAGUAAAACUAACAGUUUAGCCAUCAAAGUCCGUGGGUGCCGAGCUUUCGUCAUCCUCUGCGGCGGCUCAAACGAUUCCUUGUCAGCAGACGACGGGCUCGAUGGUCUUUCCGGAAAGAAGAGGACGUCGUCGUCGUCGACCGCUCUCGACAAGUAUACGAUGCAGGAGAAGAUCAUUCCGCUCAUCAAGGCCAUAAAAACUAAGGAGCCUGCCGUCAUGCUCGCGGCUCUGGACGUUCUGCGCGUCGUAGGCGAAAAUGCGGAUACCGACUUUGUAGCCAUGGACAUCCUGCCUAUCCUGUGGAGUAUGAGCCUAGGGCCCCUGCUCAACCUCAAGCAAUUCCAGUCUUUCAUGGAUUUGAUAAAGUCUCUUUCCAGGAAGGUCGAGGAUGAGCAAGUGAAGAAAUUACAGGAGCUCUCCGUUACGGGCAACGGAGUCAGGGCGGCGACCCCCAGCGACGAUUUUAUCGGCUUCGGAGGAGUUACCGGCACGACCUUCGAUUCUACGAACGGGGCAACGGAGGACGAUUUCGAACGGCUCGUCAAGGGAAAGUCGGCACCGUCGACGAGCGACCCCAUGGAUGCGAGUUGGGAUUCGGCUCCGGCAGCCGCGCCAGUCGUGUCGCCGCCGACCAAAUCACCUCAAUUUUCGUGGUCAACCCCGAGUCCUACUAGCACCGCCGCUCCUCCUUCACAGUUCGGUGCCACCAAAGCGUCAACCCCGUUCCGAACAGUGACGCCCGAUCUCAACCAAAUAGCCGCCCUAACCCCUACCUCCACCCAAUUCUCACAGCCUCUGCAGCCAACUACGAGUCAGGUAUCUAGACAUUCGACCGGACCACAGAGCUCCUCCACGGCCACCUGGUCUACGGCGACGGCCGCGGCACCAAUAGCAAACCCUUGGGCAUCGAACUCGGCCAGCCUAGCGUCGCCAACCGCCUCAUCAUUCGGCAGCGUGGCCUCGGGGAUAGGCAACCUGAACCUCGGAGGAGUUCAGCCACCAAGGCCUAUGUUUAACCAACCCUCCCCCUCUUCUUCUUUCUCCCUCCCACCGCCGCCGUCCGGCGGAACCGGAACGCCGGCUUCCUCGGGAUUCAGCUUACCCCCACCUCCCGGGGGAGCGCAGCGGUCGAACCCGACCUUGUCAUCGUUCGGCCAGCAGUCAUCCGGUGGCGGUAUCGGCAGCAGCUUUGGCGGCAUAUCGUCGCCGCCCGGGAGCAUGAACAGCAUGAUGAGCUCGGGCAUGGGGAUAGGGAUGGCAGGAGGUCUCAACAAGAACCCGAUCAGCAUGAACGGGAUGAACAGCAUGAACAGCAUGAUGGGCGGUGGCAUGGGUGCGGCAAAUUCCCCACCCCAGCUCCAGCCCCCGCAGCAGCAACCACCCCAGAAGUCGGGCCUCUCCAAGUACGAGAGCCUGCUGUAGGCGCAGUCGCCCCGGACGACGGGCGCAGCUCACAAGUAGAACCGGCAUUCCUGGGUGAAGAGUAAGGGGCGCAAAGCGUUAUGCGGUGCGUAAUAACUUGAGGUUCGAUAGUCUGGCUACCGUGCUAGAGAGUAGCAUGUGCGUCGCAAUAAUGAAGCCGGGGAGGCGAGUAUGACGCAGACGGGACGACGUUCGGGAGAAUAACAAGAGGAUAUCGCGAGCGGGUUGGGGUCUCCCUAGCCGGACAGGGGAGUUUGUCCAAAGGUGCUCUGAGAGUAAAAGCGAACCAGUAGGGAAAAGUCGGUAAGGGGCAGAUGAACGUAAAAGGAUGCAUGGACGGGAGGAGGCAGAGAUAACUACAUAGACGGAGAGGUAAUGAGGCACAGAUAGUUGGAGGUCGGACAAGUACCGCAGACAGACACGUUUUCUGAGAAGAAAAGAAGCGGAGGGAAGCGAGUUGUUCUAGGACUACGCGGAGGACGAGGUGGAUACGUCUAUAUCUAUAUCUAUAUGUGCAUAUAUAAUACGGUUACGAGUACGCAAUGGUUACGGAACCGCUAAACUUAA